AUAAAAUGUGGAAUAAUGUGGUUGUCUGCCUGUUGCACAGCAAACACCAAAGGCACCAAGCGUUCCCGAACCAGGACCGACUCGUACACCGCUGGCCAGUCAGUGGAGGCACUGGAUGGCAUAGACCUGGGAGAGACCACGCACAAGAAACCCGGGACCACGGUGCCUGAAUCCAUACACUCCUUCAUUGGAGAUGGCCUUGUGCAGCCAGAGGCUCUAAACAAGAAAGCCAUUCAGAUUAUCAACCGAGUACGCGACAAACUCACAGGGCGAGACUUUUCUCACGAUGACACGCUGGACGUCCCAACACAAGUGGAGCUCCUCAUCAAGCAGGCCACGUCCCAUGAAAACCUCUGCCAGUGCUACAUUGGAUGGUGUCCAUUUUGGUGAAGUCACAGCUGGAGGUCACGAGGAGAACACGACGUAAAAACUCUCCCUAAAAAAGUUCUGAAUGCAGAACUGCUGGGAGUGAUGACAUUUUCUCUUUUCUGUUCAGUGAUUGUGUGAAUUACCUGUGACACGCUCUGAGAUUACUGUUUUUACUCCAUAAUUUAUAUAUUCAAUGCUCAAAACCACUUUACAAAUUUUUAACAUAAUUAUUUGCUAAAAGCUUUCUAUGGAGUGCAUAUUGUAAUAAGUUAUAUUUCGUACUUGGGACAGGCCGAGUUGUUCUUAAAGCCAACCAUGCCGAUAUUACUCUGCUAACGUGACGACUGCAUCUAUGUUGUUUGCCCAUUGCUAACUGAAACACAUGUACUGUGAGGUGCAUUGUUGUGCCAUUAAAGCUUGUACAGAUCAAUGUAUUUGUGCCGAGUUCACAGAACUGAGCUGCUCAUCUUCUGCUGCGAGUUUAAACAGAAAGCAAAUAAAAUGUCUCUUAAGGAAAAGCUCCUUGGAAAAAGUUAA